AUGGCUGUCCACGUCGGGUCCUCGUCCGAAUGGCGACAAAUCCUGCAGUCCAGCAUCGUGGUGGCCGACUUCUAUGCCGACUGGUGUGGUCCAUGUAAAAUGAUCGCGCCUACGUUUGAGUCUCUUGCGACCAAAUUCUCCAAGCCGAAGCGCAUUGUAUUUGCCAAGGUCGACGUCGACAACCAGAAGGAAAUCGCAUCGCAGUACGGCGUGCGCGCAAUGCCUACCUUUAUGAUCUUCAAGAACGGCCAAGCUAUCGAUACCAUACAGGGAGCGAACCCGCCUGCACUGACCGCCGCGGUAGAGAAGGCCGUCAAGCUGGCAGGUCCCACCGCUGGAGCAGGCUUCAGCGCCCCUGGGCGCACCCUCGGGGCCAGCGGUUCUGCUUCCCAAUCCCGGGCGUCGCUUCGAAGGCCGAUCAAGUGGGACCUAAACAACUUUCUGAACGCCAUCAUCAACUUUUUCGGACUGUAUCUGGUCUCGCUGCUCUCGUUUGACCCCUACAAAGCCGCCGAGGGCUCCAGAUACAACAUACACAAUCCUGUUGCACCUGCGACCACCCCAAGCAGCUCCGCGAGCGGUGGCAGCGUCAAGAAAUCGGCCCCCAAGGCCACGUUCCGGACUUUAGCCGAUCUUGGUGGCGAUUAG